AUGAUGGAUGAGACACGGGAGCCUCUGGCCAUGACUGUCCACCUCCUGGCCAACUCCGGGCACGGCUCGCUUCUGCAGCAAACCCUGGACCAGCUCCUGAACUGCAUUUGCCCAGAGGUCCGUGUCUUUCUGGUGUCUGAGAGGGUCAGUCCUGUGAAAUACUAUGACAAAUGCCAUUCCAAGCGGUCCCGCUUCCCGGGGAUGUCUGUUCUGCUCUUCCUGCAUGAAAGCCUCGGAGAGGAGCGGCUGUUCCGCGUCCUUGACUCCCUACAGCAUUGGCCGUGGCAGUGCUACCCCACCCAGAAUGCGCAGGGAAGACCGUGCCCCUAUAUUCUUGCCAAUCAGGAAUUCUAUAGUCUGGACAACCAGAUGCCCGUCUGGGGUGUGAGGCAGGUGCACUGUGGCACCGAGAUCCUGAGAGUGACGCUCUACUGCAGUUUUGAUAACUACGAGGAUGCCAUCAGGCUGUAUGAGAUGAUCCUGCAGAGGGAAGCCACCUUGCAGAAGAGCAGCUUCUGUUUCUUCACGCUCUACUACACCGAGAGCUUUGCCCUGCAGCUCUCCCUGAAGCAGCUGCCCCCUGGAGUGUCGGUGGACCCCAAAGAGGCUUCAGUGUUGCAGUUCAAGGUUCAAGAGAUUGGCCAGUUAGUGCCUCUUCUACCCCAUCCGUGUGUCCCCAUCAGCCAUACCCGGUGGCAAACACAGGACUACGAUGGCAACAAGAUUCUACUUCAGGUCCAGUUGAAUCCAGGACUUGGUGUUAGGAAUGGUGAGCUUGCCUUUCUGAAUGACACCUCGGGAACUGACACGCUCCCCCAGGGCUCCAGGCUGACCCCUGUCUCUGCGAUUAGGACCCUAGAGCCGAGAAGCCGAAGGAGCCGGGGCAGGAGGUUCAAGGUGGGGUCCGUGGAGCGGCCUGAGCCUGGUGGGCAGACAGUGUCAGACAGCGCUAGUGGCACUUCGUGGAAAAGCCCUGGCCGCUCGGCCCAGCCCAGCAGCCCAGCUACGGACUCCCAGCUGCCUCUGCCUUCUCUCCACCUCGAACCCGGGGCCAGAAUAAAGGUCCUCAGACGGGAAAACAGCUUUGAGAAGCAAGAGGCAGAGACGAAUGUUGACACAGGAUUCACCGUGGUCAGCUCUGGACCCAGGCAAUCUUUUCUGAGCAGAUUUCCAAGGGACCUUUGGCCCCACCAGCCACCAUCCUGCUUGUUAACCUCUUCCUUAGGGGCAGCUGCUUCCAAAAACAACGGAAUCUUUAAGGAAAGCGUUCAUCCUCUGUCACUUGCUGGCCAAAGGGACCUUUGUUCCAGGACGAUAAUCUCAAAAUGUCCCCUUCCUCUGCCAGUCCAGGGUGAAGAAAAAGAAGCAGAAGAAGAAUUCUUUAUAUAG